AUGUCUGGUGAAUCGUACGUCACCUGCAGUAAAAUUAUUCCCAUCGUUAAUUGUUUGAUAAAAACUUUGAACAAGUUUAACACUGAGCAUGAGAUUUCGGAAUUUCUUCAUAAAAAUGUUUUACGAGAACUUUGCAGAAGAUUUCAAGGAGAAGAUUCAAACGUCGAAAUAAACCCUUUUCUUGCAAUAUCCACUUUAUUGGAUCCACGCUUUAAGAAGCUGCACUUUCGCAACGCUUUAGCUGUUUCUACAGCAAUGGGCAAAAUCUGCCAGUUAAUAAAAGAAGAAAAUUCUUCUUCAUCACAAAACUUUGACGAGCUUGGUGGCAUCCCAGUUGAACUUCGACAAUUUCUUAAUGCCAAUGUCGUUGGCAGAACAGAGGAUCCACUCAAAGUUUGGCAAAAGCUGAAGGAUAUUUAUCCAACGUUAUACAAAGUCGCCAUGAAAUACUUUGUAAUUGUGGGAACAUCAGUUCCAUCUGAACGAUUGUUCAGUGCUGCUGGAGAUACAAUCAGUGCAAAAAGAAGUAGGAUUACUGGGAAACAAGCGUCACAGACUAUAUUUCUAGGAUCUUUGCCUGAGAAAUAUUGGAAAUAG